AUGCCACGAUAUAACAGAAAACAAAAAGCGAUCCGUGAAAUCAAAGAGUCUUGCAAGAAUUUUGAUGAAGAUUUGGAUCAGAAAAUAUUUGAUUUGGAGGAACUGGCCCUGUUUGAUGACAGAGACACUGAAAUAUACAAUGAUAUGAUCGACAGGUACUCAUUGUUUAUUGACCACAAUAAAGUUGAAGAGGAUAUUGUAGAAGAUAUUAUCUCGUAUAAAUACCUAUAUAAGGGAAAGAAUGCCAUCCCAAAACUAGUGACAAAGGAAAAUAAAUUAGAGUUCUUGGAAAACAUAGGUGAAGAUGGUUUUCUGAAAGAAAUCAGAAUGAGCAAGACUUCCUUCAAUAAGCUUUACAAUAUGGUGAAGGAUCAUGCGUUCUAUCAAUCACCUGCAACCUCAAAGCAAAUAGACGUCAAGCUUCAGCUUGCUAUUAUUCUUGAGCAACUGAGAUCAAGUGGUAAUGAUGCAGCAUUCAGUCGAAUUGCCAGAAGAUCUGGUGUUGGAAAAGGAAGCAUAAGAAACUUUAUCCUUCGUUUCUUUUCAGUAAUGAUGUCAAUGGAGGAAGAUUUCAUAUUCUGGUCAUUAGAAUUUGAGAAGCAAACUAUCAUGAAAGAGAAUGAGAAGCCUCUUGGAUUCCCAAAUCUUAUUGGAUUUCUCGAUGGAUUAUAUUGUGGGAAUAUUCUUGCUGAUUGUGAUCACAACAGAAAGAUACGUUACUUAUCUACUGGAUACUUUGGGAGCUCUCGUGAUAUGCGGGCUAUUAUCAAGUCUUCUCUGAGAACAAAUUCAGAGCGAUACUUCUCCAAGGAACAGUAUGUCUUGGCCGACAGUAGAUACAAAGCUACCAACUAUGUUGUUCCUGUAUGCAAGAAGCCAAGAAAUCAACCAAUGCACAAGUCCAAUGAAAAAUUCAAUGUGUAUAUUGCAAUGAUGCAUGUUAAGAUUGAAUACGCAUUUGGUAUACUGAAAGAGAGGUUCUAUUCUCUCAAGAGUAUUCCUGUUCAAAUCAAAAGCGAAGAUGACAUUAGGUUGGUGAAUUCAUGGAUCCAGGCAUGCAUAAUUUUAAACAACUUUCUAAUGGAUCAAGUAGAUGACAUGAUGACAAUCAGAAUUAAGAGUAAAUGGGAAGCAUUGGAGUUUGAAGAAAUGAGACGGCUUGAGGAGGAGUGA